AAUCAAACCGGAGAUUUCUCCGAUUGGGAGUAUUUUGAAGUGUGAAAUUAAAAAUCAUCAGCCAUAUCACUUCUCUCGCCGUUCUUCGUACCCAUCGCAAGCUCGGUCUCGCCACUAAACUCAUGACCGCCGCGCAGGCUGCUAUGGAACAAGUUACUCAAUUGGCGCUGUUGUCGAUUGGUGCUGCUCGCCGGAGAGAAGCUCCAAUGAAAACGCAACCUCUCUGUAAACGCAAAAGCAUUCUUCACCGGAAAAGCAAAGCCACGUCCUCAUGAAAUUCGAGGAGAGAGAAGAGGAAAGUCUCUUCAUGAUUUUGAUAGAUAAUUCUUACAUAGCCAAGAGAACUGAGAAAUUUGAAGACGGUGAACCGCAUUGGAAGAGUUAUAUGUGCUAUGCACUGGUAGAGACCUUUGAAUUGAAAAGAACUGAUGGGAGUUUGGUAUUCAAAUAUGAAUUUACACACGUUGAUAAGUUGAAGAGCAAGUGGGACUGAGUUUAUUUCAGCUUCUUUGUGUGUUAUGUGUGCAACUUAUGGUGUGUUCAUUCCAAUGAAAGCUUUAUGCAAGUUCAUGUGUUAUAACUUAAAGCUCUCAUACAUAUUUGUAAAGUUUAUAUAAUAAAUUUCCAUGAUAGUG